GAGAGAUCAGAGAGGUGAAAGACACACCCUUUGACCUCAGAGAACCAGUUCUCAUUGGCCCUCGUCUGAAGGAACUUCAAGGCCCAGGGUUUGACCACAACUUCUGUUUGUCAUCACCCGGAGGUCCAUGGACAGAGAAACGCGCUGCCAGAGUCUGUCACCCAGCAAGUGGGCGUGUCUUAGAGGUUUCUACUAACCAGCCAGGAGUCCAGUUCUACACUGCCAACUUCCUGGAUGGCUCCAUCGCAGGAAAGUGUGGUUGUAGGUACAGGAAGCACAGCUCCUUCUGUCUGGAGACGCAGAACUGGCCUGAUGCUGUUAACCAGCCUUCAUUUCCUGACUGCCUUCUGCGUCCUGGAGAGAACUACCAUCACAUAACUCGCUACACCUUCACAACUGUCUGAUCUGACAGACGGAAAAGAAGAAAAUUUCAUCGUUUGCAGCAGAUUGUUUCAUUUCCUAAAAGUCUGCUUUUUUAUUUUGAAUAUAAUUUUUGUUAACAUUUUACAAUAUUUUGUUAAGCUUGUUUUAGUUUGAGCAUCACAGAACUGAUGAGAUAAAGAAAAAACCUUCAUAGUUCAACAUGACCAAACUGUUAUAAUUUGAUUUAUGAUGAUGUGCCAUACUUAUCAUAUUAAACACAAUAUUGAUCAAGCGA